ACUUUUCAAAUAUAAAAGUCAAAAAGUGCACGUAGUUUACUCGUUCAUUCGAUCUUGCCCUCGUAAAGAGUAUCAUAUUCUCAACAACUGCAGUUUAUUGUGGGAAGAUUCACAAAAAACUCUGCAAAUCUGGGUGAAAACAGGGAGAGAAUGAUCGCCGCUUCUGAUCCACUGGAAUAUGUCCCAGGUGGACGACAGACGAUCUCACGGCACCCUGGAUUCCUCGAUGUUCAAUGUCUUGCCAACGAUACAACUGCGCCAGGAGAGAGUUUUAUUUUGCAAAGGCUGAGUCAGGUUAACAUUUCAGAAAAACCAUCCAAAGAAUCUUGGAUACUCCGUGAAAAUACCUUGUAUGGCGAAGAAGAGUUAUACUGGUCUCGGGGUAUCGCAGUCCAUUCAAGAGGCAGUGGUGCUACGAGAAUAUUACAAACAUCAUACACAUGUGAUGGUGAUAUAAAGCAUGCGCUGUGGUGCAACUUCUACUCCACUACACCGGACCACACCAAGUGUACUAAUCCUAACUCCAAUGAACCUCAUGGAGAUCCCAUUGAGUGUAUUUGUCUUUUGGAUUCUUUUACUUUAAAAGUAUUCACACAUUCUGGAGAAGACUAUGUCUCCAGUUUACAGUUCCAGGUAGCAUCGGUUUGGUCAACAAAAUAUGGAAUAUUGUUGGAAAAGUCUCCAGCUCCUACUUUGUCAAGGUAUACCUCUUUGGAAGCAAGUAGGUUGAUGGUACAAAGCGAGAACCAACUACCCACCGUAUUUUCAUUGAAACAUCCUUUGGACGAAAUGUGUCCUUUGCUUAUAAAGCAUGGUAAUAUAUCAUAUAUGUGCGAUUCCAAUCAAAAAAUUGUAUUUACGAGUCACGAGCCAUCACUUGCUGUUGUAUAUGACGCCCGGAGUGGCUUGCAUUCAGUAUAUAAAAUAAGAAAAGCAAUGGUUGAUGAAUGCCAGAUUGUUUGUGGAAACGACACUACAACAAGUAUAUAUAACCAGUCAAUUAGCGGCUCGCCCAUGAAUAUUGGAAGCAGCAUUUCUACUAGUAAAAGCUCUGCAAGCAAGGCUCACAUCAGCAUCUUUGGUGUUUCCAACUUACAAUCCAGUGGUAUGAACAUCGGUCUGGCCAAUACCAAUAGCCCGUUUGGAGCUCGUACAGCAUCUUACAGUACCGGUACUGCUGGUAUAGUUUCCCCCUCGCAGCAACAGCAUUCGAAAUCUCAAAGUCCAAUGGCUGCCAUUUCGAGAUCUGAAUCACCUACCUCUUUUUCACCUCUCCUGGGGGGUCCUUCUGCUUCUGGUAUUCACCAAACUAGAUUACAUCAUACUGUGAUGGCGACAAUUUUGGGGCAGUCUGCUAAUAGUCCCAGCAGUUCUUGCAAUAGUUUCCAUCUCUAUGAUUCAACGGUUAGUCCAGGACGGCCAUUGUAUCCUGAACUUUGUUUUGACCACGUAUGGACUGAAAAUAUUGGAAUUUCUAAAGAUAUAGUGACCGGGCCUGCAUCCAAGGUUCUGCUGACCACCGAUCUUGUUGGACAAAGUUACCUGGGAUAUUUAGUACCAAGCAGAUCUCAACUGUUUUUAGUACGGCUUGAAAAGUCGAAUGAACAGGGACAACUUAUUUUUGGAAUGGUCACCAGCAUUGUUGCAAAAGAUGCGGCAGGUUUACCGAAGCUUCACAUGAUUGCAAUCAUAGAUCUAUCAAACGGAGUUGCACUGUACUCUGGAGUAACUUGCAUAGGCAAAGUUCACAUAACCGGGCUCGUGUCCCCUUUGACCAUCUCCAACUACUCUCUUCCAAACUUUGGGCAAAAACUCGGUUCGCCAUUUCCCCGCAGAAGUUCUUUGAUCAUACCAAAUUGCCCAACAUCUCACGAAGCUAAGUUUGAUGACGAUGUUCAUUUGCUCAGUCCAGUUACAAGUGUUUCUGCUACAAGAAUACCUCUAAUGCUGGAGAACUCAGCACUCGACACUAAUUUGAUGGCGCUCGAAGAGGCAGUCAGAAACACGCUCACCCUGAAAUACGAAAAUGGAAAGUUCUUCAAAAUUUCUCUGCCAGAACCCAGUACAUCACCUCUAGUCACUACAUGCCUGUUGACUCUUCGUGGCGUGUUACAGCGAGACUUGGCAUUGCAGUUGUUGGCUAAAUGGUACGGCGCCCGUAAUGCACCUGGUCCCCAAGACUUUGGGCCCCCACAGGAGUGGCACCUGUUUGUUGUGGUACUACUUACCUUGUUGGGAUACGACGUGGAGAAAUUACCGCUUGUGAAAAGUUAUGAAAAUGACCAGCUCAUAGAUCGCAACAGCUCUAUCGUACUACCAAAGAAACAGAAAACAAAUGAUUCCGGUUGUAACGACGAUUGGCUCUACAUGAUCAAAUCCGUUAAUCAUAGCUCCUCCCAAGAACUUCUCUAUGACAAGCUGGGGCUCGUCACGUCUAGGGUGAAAUUGAAAUCUACAGAUGAUCCAUAUCAGAAUACUUCAGUACCAAAAGCUCCUGCCAAAAUCAACUCCCAGGCUAUUCUCUUCCCAUACCUUCCAUUAGUAUUGUUUUCCUUGCAUCUAGUCUAUGAAGAACUCAAACUAAACUUGACCAUGUCGGAUAGUCUACCACUCUUGGCACAGCUCUUACACCAAUUGAGUACUGAUUUGAACUUUACAUCUUUCUCACGUCACUAUUUCAUAGAUUUCCCUAAUGUCUGUCACGCAAACGCCCUUAAGUCUCAGAUAAGUGCAUCGGACCUGGAAAAGAUUACGCCACCCAAUUACAUGCCAAGAAAGCCUCCAAAUGUAUUUGAAACUUUGUACCAUCUCUUGAAGGGACAUGACAUUGCACCGUAUCCAUACUUGAGUCAAAUUAACGUACGUACCAAAAAUAUCGUUCAAUUGACAGCACUGAUCACCCGUGGCCAGGAAAACCCGGCCCUUCAACUGGAACAGUUCACAAAACUCGUUAUACCAGCUGGAAGCCGGGUAGAUUCUCAGGAUCUAAGUAAACCAGUCAGAGAAAACCCUACAAGCUCUGAAUACGUUGGGUCCGAAAGAGCAGUAUUACUGUUUCACGAAAUGGGUAUGAGCUGCAAGGAUCUCGAAAUAUUUCCACCUGGUAUAUCAUUACUAUUGAAUGAGGUGAUGCAUCGUUGCAGGGAAAGGCCACCGUCUAAUUGGCCAACAGCGGCAUACACUUUGAUCGAUCGUCAAGAUUUAGCUGCUUUAGAACGGCAUUCACAACCUCUGAAUAUAGAUUAUCAUGGGAGUGCUGGACAAAAUUGUGGCGUAAAAGACUCAGAGCAGGACGACGGUAUGGAGUUUGACAAUACCAUACUUAAACUAAGAUUCAGUAAAGAUCACAGAGUAGCUGAGGUGAGAAGACUGUUGAAUUCGUCGAGACCAGUCAGGAUUGCGAUUGCUCAACGCCCAGAUGUGAGUGACCAUGAUUUUAUUGAAGAGCAAGAAAGACACUUGCAUGCAUUAUGUACAAGAACGAUGGCACUUCCCGUUGCUAGAGGCAUGUUUACAUUGAGGACAUCAAGACCAGUAAUUACUGAACAACUGCCUGUCCCUCGUCUCUGUCUUACAGGAAAGGCACCGCCACGUGGGACGACAAUAGAGCUAGCACAUAUAGAUGUGCCGCCAAAUAUGAACUUGUGGCCACUUUUUCAUAAUGGAGUGGCAGCUGGACUUGCCAUUCAUCCAAAUGCAUUGAACAUAGAUUCGACUUGGAUUGUUUAUAAUAAACCCCAGCAAAGCGAAUUCGGUAUUGAGCACGCUGGUUUUCUAAUGGCGCUUGGGCUUAAUGGUCACUUGAAAAAAUUGGCUCCGUUUAAUAUGUAUGAAUACCUAGUGGAAUGCCAUGAAACAACAAGUGUGGGCCUUUUGUUGGGGCUUUCCGCAUCACACAGGGGUACUAUGGAUGUAUCUAUGACUAAGCUACUUUCCCUACAUGUCGAGACUUUGUUACCACCCACGAGCAUUGAGUUGAAUGUCCAGCAAAAUAUUCAAGUUGCUGCCUUGAUGGGUGUUGGGCUCGUUUACCAAGGAACGGCACACAAGCAUAUUUCACACGCGUUAUUAUCGGAGAUCGGAAGACCACCAGGUCCUGAAAUGAAAAACUGCGUAGAUCGAGAAUCUUAUUCUCUGGCGGCAGGCUUGGCCUUAGGCCUUGUUGUGUUGGGAUAUGGGGGUGGUUCGGAUCUUGCAACAAUUCCGGAUACCUUACACUACUAUAUGCUUGGUGGACAUGUAAGACCAUUGACCGGGGCACAAAAGGACAAAUACAGAUCACCUAGUUAUCAGAUUCGGGAAGGUGACUCAAUCAACAUAGACGUUACUAGCCAGGGUGCGACGGUUGCAUUGGGCCUAAUGUAUUUCAAUACCGGAAAUCGGGCUGUGGCUCAAUGGAUGGAAGCUCCGGAUACCCAAUAUAUGUUGGAUUUCGUCAGACCUGACUUACUGUUGUUAAGAAUAUUGGCUAAGUCAUUGAUUCUUUGGGAUGAAAUUCAACCAACCACAUCGUGGGUUUCCAGUCAUGUGCCCGAAAUUGUCUACCAGUACAGGCUACAGAAACCAACACCAGAAACUCUGCAAAGUGUAGAUUUGGAAACAAUGAAUCAAGCAUACUGCAACAUCAUAGCUGGGGCCUGUCUGGCGUUAGGACUGAAAUAUGCUGGGUCUGCCAACAAAAAUGCCUCCAAAACCUUGUACAAUUACGCUCAAAUAUUCACCGCGCUUUCGCACAAAUCUAUUGCGGAAUUGGCCGGAAAAUCAACAAUCGAGACCUGUUUAAACGUGAUAUUGUUAGCAGCUGCAUCUGUAAUGGCUGGUACAGGGGACUUACAGAUUUUAAGGAUAUGUCGAUACAUAAGAACACGGGUUGGUCCGGCCAGUAGCGUUGUCACGUAUGGUUCCCAUCUAGCGACGCACAUGGCUCUUGGACUUUUAUUUCUCGGGGGUGGAAGAUACACGCUUUCUAACAGUCCAAGUGCUGUUGCCGCUUUGCUCAUCGCUCUUUUCCCAAAGUUUCCAACGCACAGCAAUGAUAACAGGUAUCAUUUGCAGGCACUGCGCCAUCUGUAUGUACUAGCCGCUGAGCCUCGUUUGAUGCUACCCAGGGAUAUAGAUACGGGUCGUUUAUGUUAUGCGACAGUGCAUCUAACUUUUCGUUCAGAUAAUCUGGCAAAUGGGCAAGAGUCUGUCUUGAGAGCGCCCUGUUUGCUGCCAGAGUUGAACAGUUUACAAAGAGUUGAACUCAGAGAUGAUCGAUAUUGGAAUGUGGUAUUUGAAAAAGGGCACAAUUGGAAGCAAUUGUUGAACAUGUUGGAACGAUGUGAUUACGUAGAUGUCAAACAAAGGGCUGGCUGUCUUUCUUAUCAAGAGGACCCACAUGGAUUCAGAAGUUUAAUAGCGCAAACUCUAACAACUGAAAAUGUUAUUGCUUGGGCAGCUCGUUUUGAGCACAUCACGGCGUUUACUAACGAUAAAACUAUUCUAAAUAUUGUCAACAACUUGUUAAAAGGACCGACAAUAGGUAACAGCAGAACACGAAAAGACCAGUCUGUUAACAUUAAGAGUAAAAAUAAGUGUGGUAUGGGUAACGUCGUUCAGACUCAAGGUAAUGCGUCAGGGGGGGAGCCUGGUAUCCAUUUAAACGAUCAAACGAGCAAACUGGAUGAAAAAAUGGAGGUCGUAGAACCAUCGCAAUAUCCAACAAUUAAUCCAGAGAGUUUAAUGACGAAAUUCCCAAUGCUCUACGAAUCUGAGCACCAUUUAUCACAGAUCUUUGCAAUCAUUGCGUAUGAAUGUGUAGUGAAAGACAAAAUAAGUCUAUUACCACUAUGGCUGAAUCUGAUCAAUAGCUUGAAUGUAGUUGUAAAACACCCGAAUAGCUAUUUGGUGUGGCAAAUUAAACUUAUUGCCACUCAGGUUUUGGGAAUAUUUAAUAAAGACGGAAGAAAUCUGUUACUGACAGCCGAAAGUGCUUUAGCAAUUGAACAAAAAGCCGCACUUAUUAUGGAUGCUUGGGAAAACGAAUUGAAACCACUGAUAAAGAGUUACCUCACCAAAGGAACCGUUGAAGCAUCUGGUGAUAUACUGGAACGGUUAACCGCUUACUUAAUAUUUUAUGACAUGCCUUACCCAGGGAAUAUGCAGAUUGCUGGGGAUGGAUCUACGUUGAACUUAUUUUGCCAGCCAAGGAACGUUCAAUUACCCGCUGUUACUUUAAAUAAGUUGCAUGCUCUUUUCCGAAAAUCGUGAAUUCAUGAAUUCUUAUUCAUUUCAUUGUAUGUAUACAUAAAAACCUAUAAAGUA